AUGUCUGAGCUUCCCAAAAGCCCGGCGCUAUGCCCGACUCUGCCUCCCCCGGCUCCCGCCAUUUUCUAUGGCUCCGUGGAUCCGAGAAACCCGGUGGUUCACCGAUUCGAGACCGAGCUGAGCGACUGCCUGAGCUUCCUCAAGCGGAAGCGGGAAACGGGGGGCGCGAGCUCCAGGAAUCAGGAGCUGCACAGGCGAGGAGCCACUUCUUUGUUUAAUAUCUGGAACAACUACAGACCUCGACUCCCGGAUUGGUAUUACAAUGAAACACUUGUGAAAGUUGGUGAUCAGCUUAUGGAAAUGAAAGAAUAUAAGCUAGCACUUUUGUAUUGCUAUGAGCAGUAUCUUCAACAAGUUAGUGGUAUAAAUAUAAACAAACAUGGAUUAGAUAUGCAUCAAUUGAAGUCUAAUUUUUUCCCAAAUGGAUUUAGAGAUCAAAGUGCUACACGUACAUUCCAUGUUCUGCAAGCAAGGAAUAUUUCCCUGUACAAAAUGGUACUUGAUCAAGACAGUGACCUCCUGAAUCAAGACUCUGUGAAGACGUGUUUUAGAAUCUUAACCGUACUGCAACUCAUCAUGCAGAUGACUCUGCCCCAUGAACAUUUAUGCUGGAUUGUCUACAAUGGUACAGUUCAUAUGUAUACCAUAUGUAGGCAUUUGAUGACUAUAGGCCAAUCUGCUAAGGUGCUUGAAUAUUUAUUGUGGGCAUCAGUAUGUAUGGAAUCAUCAAUUCCACUUUUAGCUGUGCACUAUUUGACAUGGAGAGCCACUCUGUAUGCUGCUGUUUGUCAGUGUUAUUAUGAUUGCCAGUCUGGUAUUCAUGGAGAGGUUUUUGCACGGCGUGGUUUGAUUAAAAUUGAUGAACUAAAGCAAAUGGAGAUUAUGAGUUCAUCACCUCUGAGUACAGAAACAAAGAAAAAAUUCAAAGAAGCAACUGUGAAGAUGGCAGCAAUGAUUUUUAAAAGAACAGUAUUUGAACCAAGAAGGCGACCAAAAGGAGUUCUGAGACCAAGAAUAAAACCUAAUCUGAAAGAUGCACAACAUAUGCCUUGGCCUCGUACCAUCACAGAACGGUUGCUGAUGGAAAUAUUUGAUUGCAAUUCAUCACUUUUUUUUGCCAUUAUGGAAGCUCUGUUUGAUAAAAACAGACGGACCCUGAUCCCUGGACCUCCUGUUCCUGAUGAAAUGGAAGUGCAUGAUAUUAUUUCAGAACUCUGUUUUGCAGGCGUGGAUAUUCUUGAUGGAGGUGGCAUCAGUGUACCAAGUAACACUUCUGAAGUUCUUUCUUCAGUAAUAACUACAUCACCACUUAUGCAGCAGAUAAUAGCAGGGAAAAAUGGUAUUUCUGCAGAUGCUGCAUUGAGGUUUAUUAAGAUGGCCUUCAGUUACGAGGAAUGGGAUUCAUUUGAUCAUGCAAUUGUACUGUUUUAUACAUUUCUUCAGAAUCAGAGUAAUCCAGUAUGGAAGAAAGCAGAAGCAGAACUCAGGCUACUACUUGUAAUGCAGAACUUGGUGACUACAAGAAAAGCAAAGCAUGGUUUGUGCAUUCAAGGAGAUAGUAUCCAAGAAACAGCUGCUUUUCGUAGUCCAGGGAAAAAAUACAUAGCAUUUCUAGAAGGAUCAGUACAACCAGGAAAAAUUACUGAUGAUCUUUUUCUGCUGGCAAGGACUCUUUAUUCCUCUGUCUGUACAUCUAAAGAGGUUCACCUGACAGACAGAGAAAUGAUAAUUGAUGCAACUAUGUUUUUAUGGCAAAAAUGUAAAGUAGAAAUUCAAAAGAUCCAGAUGAGUGGAAGUAACUUCUUAAAGCUCAUUCAUAAGUACCAAACACCCAAGUGGCUUCACAUUCUUUAUGUAAUUAAUGAAGUAAUUCACACCAUUAAUCUUGGAAACACUAAUCCUGUAUUAAUAGCUGAAGUAUCAUUACGGCUAACAUCAGUGAUGGAAAAUAUUGCAGACUUCAAAUCUGGAGACACAUCAGUUUUAGCAAAAGACAAUUCUCUGUUGCUUUCAGAAUACUGUACCAGUGACAUUCCUUCAUUAAUACAGCAACCUCCCCUAGAACAAUUAUUUUUGGCUUAUGAGUAUAUUGACAGAGCAAUUCGUGCAAUUAAUCGAGCUCAUAUACUAACAGUUUUACCUGAUGGAUCAUCAGUGCUUGAUAAUUACUGUAAAAAGAUGACUGCAGAAGAGCAGAAUUUGAAUAAAACUUUAUCAUCUGAUAAUGAGAGAUCAGUAAUAGGAAACAAUUUUAUUAUGGAUUUACACACUGAACUUAUUCAGGCUCAGCACCGAAUAGCAGUUAAACUACUUAACGCAACACAAGGUAGAAAUUGUAUUACCUUUUUAAAAAUAUGUUUUACAGAACUAGAUAUAAUGGAGAAAAUAAAAAAGAAUAAGUUAUCCAAAGCUCUCUACUUAAUGCAGAAGGCUACACUGAUGCUUCCAGUAGGAUUAGCUGCUUCUUCCCCAAAUCAGCUCCUGGAGGAAGCAUUUACUCUGAUUCAGAAAACUGAAAUGGAACAAAAUACAUUAUAUGCCACUUUCUCAAAUCAUACAAGUAGCAUGAAAAGCAAAGUUCCACCACCUCCAAUACUUCUUUUUAGGACAAAUUGUUCCAUGGCAUUUAAGCCAGCACCAUUUGCUUCAAAUGUGAAGGUUUCUUGGUACAGCAUUUUUGGGUGUGUAGCAGAAGGAAGCAAUCCAAAAGCCCGAUUAAAUAAUUACAGUCUCAAGAACACAGCAGAAGCGAUACCAGCUGAUGAAACUUGUGUCUUGGAAGUACAAGGGUUAGAGGCCAAUCAAAAUUACAUAUUUGCAGUUGCAGCCUAUGACUCAGAUGGAAAAAUUAUUGGUGAUAGCAUUGGAGAAACAACUAAGCCAAUUCUUGCAUAUCCUCCUCUAUCUGCCGCUACUGUCCGAACGUACCUGAUUCAGUCUGCUUUUCAGAUUGAACACUAUGCAUUAUGCAAGAAAACAUUUCAACCACUUUGGGAUUAUUUUGUCUCAGUGCCUUGUACUCCUGUUACUGAUGUCACUGUUGUUUCUGUAAGCAGCACUUUGAUUGUACCCCAGAACAGACUAAAUUUUGAAGCUCUGCCUCAAGCAUCUCCCAACCUCUUAUAUAUGUUUCUGAGGAGUAUUUUUAUUAUCAGUGACAUCAGUGUGAAUGAAGGAGGUCUCUUCUGUGAUUCUAUUUGUUUCAAUGAGCUUAAGUAUAAAAGACAAGUUGCGAGAAUAGCUGAAUGUGGGCGAAUGCUGGUGGCAGUUGAACUUAGUAACUGGCUAAAUGAUGUUCACUAUGCUCUGCAGUCAGUUGUUAAUUGUUAUGGCCUUGUAGCUCCUCUGAUCUAUCACAAGAUUCCUUCCAAACCUAUCAUUCAGAUCAUUAUUAAGUGUCUCACUGUUCUUCAAGAAAUCCCGGCUAUUAUAUUGCAAAGAAAAUCAGCAGAAUGCUUUGGCAGUAUUCAGCAUAUGAUAGCUUGUUCUUGUUUUUUCACAGCAAAGAUACUGCGCUCAUGGAAAGAAUAUGAAUUAGCAAUAGUUAUUGUUAACUAUGGAAAAAGGUUGUUGGAUUGCUCACAAACACCAUCCCAAAUGGCUAUUACUGGAGAAGGAGAAGAUGAAGUACUAGAAGAGGAGACUUCUUCUAAAAGGCUGAAAGCACAAACGGCUGCAGUUGAAAAAGUAAAUGAGAAUUUAGAAGUUCUGGAAAGCAUCCUUCUCAAACUGACAAAGGCAGGACAAGAACUUACAGGAGAAGAAGAUCCUUUAUUCUUGUAUCCUAUAGUUUCAAACUGGCAACCAAAGACUGCUUAUAGGGAAGUACUGAAAUUUAAAAAGAACUCCCGUUUCCUUGAAUAUUUUGUCAUGCUUAUGUUCAGAGCACUAAAUGAGGAUAAAUUGAUGAGAAUAGUGGACUGGGCUGAUGAAGUUCAAGAGUUUCUGAAAAAACGGAAUGGAUUUCUUCUUGGUAUCAAACAAACUUCAAAAAAGAGGAAGAAAGUUCGUAGAUCUGCAGAUGCAAAGAAAAUUGUAACACACGAUGUUUCAAAGGUGACAGAGUUACCAACACCCAAGAAUAAGGGUUCCAAGAAGAAAGGUCAGCCUAAACAUUCUACUAAAUUAUCAGGCCGGGGCAAAAUACUUGGUGCAAAAAGGAAAGAAAGAGAAGAAAUAAGAAAAAUAGCUUUUCAAAACCUGAUAAUUAAGCUAAAUAUAUGUUCUGAUGUCUAUGUAAGACGAAGAAGGUUUCGUUGGCUGUAUAAUGAAGAACUGCCAUGGCGAUCUCAGCUCAACAUUUAUCUGUCAAUUGUUCACUAUAGUUUGCUUAAAAAACGGAUACAGGAGCUCUGUAAUACUGAAACUGUUGUACAAAAUCCAGACAGUUAUAAUGAUCUCAACCCUGAAAUGUUCUCAUUAAGCAAUUCAGGCACAAUCAUGAUAAUAUCAGCUAAAGAGGAAGAAAACACAGAUUUUAAAUAUUCGUCUUUUAAAAGAAUACCUUCACGAAAAAGCAGUCGAAAAACUGACACCCCUGACCCUACUUCCCCUGCCUUCGACAAUGGGCUUUCCUUGCCUGCUUCUAGCCCUACAUUACAAAGUAUUUCUUCAGACACUGUUUCCAGCUCAAGCAUACUUGACCACAAUAAUUGUCUCUCCCCUGAAAUUGAUGCCAUGAGCGAAUCCACUGAACUGACCCAACUGUCAACUUCAGGCCAAGAUUCAGAGUCUGUUGCUGCUUCUGAGCGUAGUGCUAAGUUGAGUGAUAGAGACACUCCUCGACUGCCUCAAGGUUAUAUUUCUGUUAAAGAACGUGAAAAAGCAAUUUGUUGUUCUGCUGUGCUGGAGCAUUUCACUAAAAUAUUUCUUCAUUUUAGAAGAGCUGUGGUUAUUGCCCAUCGAGGUCGACACUGGACAUUGCUUCAAAAUGCAUGCCGAGACCUUUGGAACUAUACUCGGGAAAUACAAAUAAUUAUUAAGCAUUCAGCAUCUUUUCAUGUACCUUUUCCUGUUAACAAGGAGAUUUUUCUUAAGACCAUUUGGUUCCCAUAUUAUAUGGCAUCAGAUGCAUUGCUUGAUAUGAUAGUUGCGCUUCAAGAUAGCAAUUAUGUUAAGAUUAUUGAGCCCAAGGGAAAUUUCUGUGUUCCAAGCUGCAUAGGCGGCAUUACUGAGGAUGAAGGUGGUUCUAACCUUUCUUUUGAAUGUCCCUUUGAUGAUGUAAAUAUUAUUGAUUUGCAAGGAAUACGCAAUUUCAUUCUGCAAACUCUUGAGUUUCUGUUUCGUUUGAAGAAGUGGGAAUCAUUAGUAUACAUAGCUAUGCAAUUUAACACAGUUACACAUGAGAGAUAUACAGAGCAAGUAACUCCUGUGUUGGUGUUUGCCCAGAGACAGCUGCAAGAAAAAAAACAACUCCAUGCUUCAGAUAAUCCACAGCCUUAUUUAGAAGAAUUUAUCACUAGUAUUGGAGACAAGGUAUGCUGCAGAGACUUUGUUGCAAAAAACCUGCAUUCUGUUACAAAAUGUGAAGGAGCAACUGAUGAACAUUCUGAUCAUUCAGGUAUCAAUCAAACAAAACCACUGUUUUCUGUUCCUUUGGAUCUGGAGGAUACACUAAAAUGUUUCAGAGAAAGUCUGGAAAAAUCGAAGCACCACAGUAGAGCCCUUAAAUACAGCAGGAAAUUGUUUUCUUUAUUUCUUGCUCACUUGCAAGAAUCUUCUGGAAGGUUAAAUACAGCAAUAAAUACAAAUCAGAGGACCUCACGUGGAAAAGUGGGAUUUGCUACGCUAGCUGAGUUGACAUAUCAACCAGAACCACCUGAUCUUUCAGAAGAAAGUUUUAGUUGCCUCAGUAUGGUUCAAAGCAAAUCCAUUCCCCAGUCAAAACUGCCAGUGGUGAUCUCUUCAUACGAACGAACACUUGAAACUCUUCAAACAAAUAAUCAGCAUGGUCUUAUGGUCCAGGCUUUUCAUGAACUUGGAAAUCUGCAUUUUUUCACAGGAAACAAAAGAGUUGCUUUCAAAUGCUGGUGUCAAGGCCUUGAUGCAGCUCUCAAAAUGGGUGAUGCACUUCAUCAGUGGCAAGAAUUAGAUGGUUCAUUGGAGAAAGCCACUGGUAACUUGUCAAAAACAUCUCAAGUUUACUCUGAGAAGUUUAUUUCUCAGGCUGGAAUUUGGGGUUGCUUACAAGGAGCAAUCUUAGCAGCUAAAAUAGCUCAGCAUUCAUUACAAUAUAAUGUUAAACUAAGAACAAAAUCCUGCAUUUUAUCAGCUGUCCUCUUCAAGUCUUUGUUUAGAGCUUCACUACCACAUCCUAAAGCUGAUUGUGACUUUGCACAAUAUGAAACAGACAUAUUAAUUCCUGGCGUUGAUUUAUUUGUGGAUUACUAUAGAGCUGAUAUUGCAACAGUUACUGCAAGUCUCAGUUUUGUUCUGUAUGAAUUGCAUUGCAGAAGGCAAAAUCUAGUAAUUUUGCCAUUGUUCACAUUAUAUCAGUACUUUGUUUCUGAAAUUUGUCGGAGUGAAAUUAAAUGUAUUGAAGGAAGGAUUCUCAAGAUUAAAGUACUUACAGAUUUGGGAUUUUUUUCUGAUGCCUUUCAUGAACUCUGUAUCAUUAAUCGUGGAGAGAAAAUUCCCUGGAAAUUGUCUUCUGUAUACAAACAUACUACAAAAGUUGGGACCUUUUCAACUUUUGAUUCAUCACAAAGCCUCUUGACAAAUGGAAAUCUGCAGGUAUUAGAAGAUGUAUUAAACAGACCUAUACAUUCAGCAUGGACUGUAGCUUGUGAACCAAGAAUCAUGGAUAACUUUAUGUUAGCUAAAAUGCAUUUUAUUAUUAGCCUAUCUGCAAGAUUAUAUUGUGUUCCUGAAAACGUAAUGAAGACAACAUAUUCUACUGACUCAGAAGUAUUAAGAAAGGCAGGAAGAAAUACUGAUGCAUUCAUAAAAGGUUUUAUAAUACCUUCAACAUUAACAAGUGGAAAACGAGAGUCUGUCAUGAUUGUAGAACUUGAAAAGAACAAAGACAUGUUAAAUCCUGCUAUUCUAAAGGGAAUUUUAUUGACAGAAGCUGAAGAAAGGAUUAAUUUAAUUCUGGAAACCAUACAAAAUAAGUAUGGUGAACUGAUAUAUAAGUGUUCAGCUACAGAACUGGAGAUUGUCAUUGAAGCUAAACUUCAGCUUGCAGCUAUUGCUCAACAGAAGCUCCAGACAGCUUUCAGUGCUGCACUGGCUUUUUCUGCAAUAAAACUUCUUCAAGAUGCGGAUGUUUUCAUAGAUACAUCUAAUUCUCAACCAGAUGCAGAGAAAACAGAUAAGGGAAAUGUUGAAGGGAUUUAUACUGAGGAUCCCAAUCUAAUUCACAAUGUAACAGCGCGGGAACAUUUAAAUAUAUACGUAUGGCUAAAGUGUCAUUUGGCAUUAGUGACUGCAAUUAUAGCACAGGCACGAGGCAUUGAAGCAAUGAAAGAAAAUGAAUUAAUAGAGUGUUCUCGUCUGAUUGAUGAAGUACAAAUGGAAGCUAAAGCAUUCAAUGAUGUUGAGUCUCUUGCUGAAAUUACUAUGCAAGCUGUUAUACUUGGCCUUCAAGAAAGACAACCAGUGGCUGAUAUUAAGCUUUGGUUACAGAACAUAAUCAAGUUGCUUGAAGAAAAGACACUGAUUUCUCCACCAGCUAAUUUAAUAUUAGUACAAAGUAUGCUUCUGCUAGCUGACAUAAUGACAACAGAAACAGAAGGUGAUUCAGAAUCAUCCAAAACUGACCAGCUGAAUGUAUUAAUUCAGGCACAUGCACUAUUAAUUAAACAGCUAUUUAUUUUGGGGCAACCACUUGAACAACAUGCACAAGAUCCUACUUUAACAACUCUAAAAGUACCUAUGGUGAACAUAUAUCUGCCACACACCAUACUAUUGGCAAAAGUCAAAAUGAGAAUUGGACAUACAUUAACUUUAGAAUUAUCAUGUAAAUCCAAACCACAAAGUGAGUUACAGUGGCUACAAGCUCUACAAUACACAGAAACAGCACUGAAUCUCUGUAUAACAUCAAUAAGAGAAGAUUUAGAUCUAGAAGCAGAACUUCUUUUUCGAAAAGGAAGAAUAGAACGACAACUUGAUUCAUUAGGUCUUAAUAAAUCAGAAUUAGCUGUUGACAGCUUGCUGGAUGCCAUUAAUUUAAGCCUGAUGAGUUACCAGCACUAUGGAUUAAUAAGAAGAUCAUACAUGGAGAUAGCACUGCUGUACUUCUGCUUAUGUACAAACAAGGAGGAAUCUCCAACUUCAGGUACUGUGAAAGGAAGAAUAUUUAAGCAAAGGUUUAAUAGCAAACUUCCAGCUACUUCUGAGGAAAUCACUGAUCUUGAGAUGUACAGAAUACAAGCCUGGACUGCUGUAAGAAGUGCUGCACAGGUCAGUGAAGCGAUUUUGACUUCCCAGCAAUUAACUGGAAGAAAGGCUGUUAAAUUGUAUCACAUGAGACUGAGAGUGCAACAAAUUAUGCCUGAAUUUGCUCUUCUGGAUCUCAGUUCUUCUUACAAGGAUUUUUUGUCUGAAAAAUAUCAAGUUACCUAUAAAAUUCCUAUGGUGUGUUCUGAACAAGAGACAAAAUCAGAAAGUGAUGGAGCUGAGAGAGUCUCUUCCGAAGAAAGCCAUGGCAAACUGAAGAUACCUUGGCUUCAUGUACUACGUUACCAUACAUACUUAACCAGGUUCUUGAACAUGAGCCCCUUGGCUGCUGUCCCAAAAGCAGGAAAAGGUUUAUUUGUUAAAGAAGAUGAGCUGUAUACUUCAGUGUUUGAUACAACAAUUGCCCUGCGUUUGGCAAAACUUCAUUCUUUUUUAAAAAGCCAUUUGCCGAUUUAUUCUGGCUGCUGUCUUCAAGAGCCUCCAAAACAGCUGUAUGGCUUUGAGAAGCCUUUCUUUAGUUUGAGUGCUAUUGGAAAGGCAACUUCAGGAUCAUAUGGAAUUUCUCAAAGAAUGUCAUCUAUGAAAAUAAUUUCCAGUUCCUUUACUUCUGAAAUAGACAUGCAUUCAGAGAACAAAGCAACCUGUUCUCCCACCAAGGAACUUUGUGUGCAGUGGUACCUUCCUUCUUUGGAAAAAUCAGCAAAUGAAGAGACUAUGGUUUUGUUCAUUUUUGCUUACAAUACAAAAGCUGUCAAAAUUAUCAACAUCAGUUCUUUCAAUUCAACCAACAUAUACUGUGGUUAUUUGUGGAUCCCACUGAAUAGAGUUAUUGCUGUACGUGAAAAAUUGUCUGAUUUGAAGCAACAACUUGAAAUGUUAAUAAAGUCACUGACAACUUCUCAGACUGAAAUGCAGAAAUGUUCACCUUCAGAGGAAUUCAGAACUAAUACAGCAAAAGUGCCACUGGAUGAACACACAAAGGAAAUGGUUAAAGUGUGUUUUUCUGAAAUAAAAGCCUUGUUGUCUAUUAACACAGAUCGGUCUGCACCAUUUACAGAGAUCCCAUUUGACAUCACUCUACCAUCAAUAAAGAAUUUAAGCAAAUUGUUUGAUCCAGCUAAUGGAUGUGUGAUAAUGGCAGGAAGCGUUUUUAACUGGAUAGUAUCUUUGCUCACUUGAGUGGCCUUUCAGGAGUAAAACUGAGAUAUGUUUAAUUUAAUGAAAUUUGACAGCUUUUAAGAUCACUAUUCUGUCACUCUGAAACCAUUGGAACUCUCUACUACUUGAAACCUAGAAUUGGUCCACAAUUUUUUUAAAAAUUAGAAAAUAUUUUAAGCAGUAAUAAUUUAAAUAAUAAACAAAUUCUGUUAAGUUUUGUGAUCUCUGUUGCUCUUGGUUCAGAACAGUAUUUUUGGUGCUUCGUUUUAAACAUCUUGGUUUAAUAUUUCAUUUUUUUCUUUAAAAAUAAUGAAAAUAAAGCCAUUUACACAGCCUUCUGAUUGCAUUUUUAAAUGAAAGCCAUUCCAUUUAAACUGUAUAAAAUAUUUUUUCUAUUUGCCUUAACUGUUUAAAAGUAAUUAUUUAGCACCAGAUAUAUUCUUCCAUCAACUUCUAGUAGCCAUCAGUGAUUUGCAGCUUUUCACUGAAUAAUAUUUUAUUGACUUGUAAUCCUGGAUACAUUGUAUGUUGUUAGAAUUAUGAUGUCAAAAUACUGUAGAAGUCAUACCUGCUUAAUCUUGCUUAUGGAAUUUUUGUUACUUUUGGUAAUAUUGAUUUUGCAAGUUAGAAACAUACAUUAUCUCUGUAUUCUUCUUAGUUGCUGUAAACAAGUAGAUCUUUGCCCUGGUAUUUGCACCUGCAGACUACAAGAAUAAAGAAAGGUAUAAAUCUAAAUUCCUGUCAUUGCACUUGACAUAGAUGCAGAGUAACAAUUCAAAACUAAAAACACCACAUUAACAUCAAUAUAUCAACUUAGUUUUCAAAGAUUCAGUAAGAAGCAGGAGAACCAGUACUUUACUCUCUUGAGUUAAAAGAUGUAUAAAAUUCCCUCAUCCUUUCUCUGAUUGUUUCUAAGACUAUAUCCAGCAAAAAGCUGGAAAAGAAGUAUAUUUGGCACGAGCAGCACUUCAGAUGGGAUUCCAGAAAUGUGUUUCAGAACACACACACAUGCAAACGUAGCAACUGACUGUGGUUUUUAAGGUAGAUAUAUUUUCGCCUAGGAUUAUGUGGCAGUAGCACAGGGUAGCCAUUUGAUUCUAGGAAAAUAUACAGUUCUUCGAAGAGUUGCAGAGAUGCCAUAUUCACAUUUCCAAGCACCUAUUUGGAAUUGAAUAUGAAGCACUACACAGCCCUUAACAAUCAUAGAAGCAAGCUACUGUUUUCUAAGAUUCAUUACCCAAUGAGUACUAGAAGAGAUAAGAAAACUCUAUUUCAAUUUUAGAUUGCAGUUUAGUGUAUUGUCCAUAUAUGGACAAAGUUUGGUUAAUCUCAUCUGAAAACAGCUGAAACAAGUCAGCCUUCUAAAC